AACAAUCAUAUUAUGACGAGUCAUGCUCAAACUCCCACCAAUAUUCCUCUCCUCACUCCUUACAAGAUGGGCAAUUUCGAUCUUUCCCAUAGAGUUGUUUUGGCACCACUGACUCGGCAAAGGUCAUACCACAACGUUCCCCAGCCACAUGCUAUUUUGUACUAUUCUCAAAUAGAAAUAAAAUGGUCGUUGAAACUUGAAAGCUUUGUAAUGUACCCGGAUACCCCUGGUAUAUGGAGGAAAGAGCAAGUUGAAGCUUGGAGACCUAUUGUUAUUGUUGAUGCUGUUCAUGCCAAAGGUGGUAUAUUUUUCUGUCAAAUUUGGCAUGCGGGGAGGGUGUCCAAUUCAAGUUACCAACCAAAUGGCCAAGCUCCAAUAUCUUCAAUGGACAAGCCAUUGACUCCCCAAAAUCAAGCUGAUGAUGUUGAUGUUGCCCAAUUCACAACUCCUAGGCGGCUAAGAACAGAUGAAAUUCCUCAAAUUGUCAAUGAUUUUAGACUUGCUGCAAGAAAUGCCAUAGAAGCUGGCUUUGAUGGAAUUGAGAUCCAUGGGGCACAUGGCUACCUCGUUGACCAAUUUCUGAAAGAUCAAGUGAAUGAUCGAACUCAUGAAUACGGUGGAUCCUUAGAGAAACGCUGUCGUUUCGCUCUUAAAGUUGUAGAAGCUACUGCCGACGAGAUAGGGGCGGAUAGAGUUGGAAUAAGAUUAUCUCCAUUUGCUAGCUACAUGGAAUCAGGGGAUUCCAACCCUGAAGCAUUGGGGCUUUAUUUGGCAGAAUCCUUGAACAAAUUCGGAAUUUUGUACUGCCACAUGGUUGAGCCAAGAAUGAAGACAGUUGGAGAGGCACAUGAGACCCCCCACAGUCUUGUCCCCAUGAGAAAGGCUUUCAAGGGUACCUUCAUUGUUGCCGGGGGGUAUGACAGGGAGGAUGGGAACAAAGCUGUAGCUGAAAACCGCACAGACCUUGUUGCUUAUGGUCGUCAUUUCUUGGCUAAUCCAGACUUGCCAAAAAGAUUCGAGCUCAAUGCUCCUCUAAAUAAGUACAUCAGAGAGACAUUAUACACAUCUGAUCCCAUUAUUAGUUAUACCGACUAUCCAUUCUUUAAAACCAGUACUAGGUAAUCAAUUUUAAGUUUGGAAGUUUGAAUGAUUUAUU